AUGAGGUGGAUGCAGGCCGGUCUGGCGGUUGCGGUCGCCUUCUUUGGGGUAUCACGGGGUGCACUCACCGACUUCGUCGGCCAGCUGCCGCCAUGCGGGUUGACUUGCAUUAUCAACGCGAUACCAGCGUCAGCGUGCCAUUCCGUCGACAACGACACCUGCAUAUGUAGCAAUGAAGACUUGAAGGCGCGGGUGCAGGUAUGCCUCCUCGCGAAUUAUGUCGCAAGGAUAGAGGCCGAAGCAUGCAAUAGACCAACACGCGAGCGCAAGGUGGACAUUCUGGCGCCGUUGGCCAUUCAGAUUACUGGGUUCUUGAUGGUUCCGUUGCGGUUAUUCGCGCGGUGGACGACGAUGCACCAUUUUGCUCCGGACGAUUGGAUCAUGCUGUUCACAGGGCUCAUGUUUGCCGUUUUUGUCGUGCUUGGACAAAUUGCCGGUGCCGUUGCCUUUGGAGAAGAUGUGUGGAUGGUUAGGCCGGACGAACUAACAUUCGGCCUCAAAGUAUUCUAUGUCGACGAGAGCCUUUACCUAGCCUGCCUAGGCCUGACCAAGAUAUCAGUGCUAUUCUUUUACCUCCGAAUCUUUCCCAACAAACCGUUCCGCUGGGCAACAUACGGAACGAUGGGUUACAUCAUCAUCUCGACGACAGUUCUACUCUUCAUGCAAAUAUUUCAAUGCAUUCCCUUCGAAUUCAACUGGGUAGGCUGGCGCGGCGACUACGGCCCGCAUCACUGUCUCGACAUCAACACUCUCGCCUUCGUCGCCGGCGGGCUGAGCAUCAGUCACGACAUCAUCAUCAUCCUCUUGCCGCUCCCGUUGCUCUACAAGCUCAACAUGUCCAGACGCAAGAAGGCGGGCAUCUUCUUCAUGUUCGGCCUCGGCGUCUUCAUCCUCAUCACAUCCUGCGUGCGGCUACAGUAUAUCGUCCUCUUCACGCGCUCGCUCAAUCCGACAUGGGACUUUACGGAUCCGCUGAUCUGGUCCGGGGUGGAGGUAUCUGUGUCCAUGAUUGUGGUGUGUCUGCCGGCGGUCCGGACGCUGCUCAACCGCAUUUUGCCGAGCAUAUUCGGGUCGACGGCCGCGACGGAGAUUACACCAAAUCGCAAGGCGUCUGCCGGGUCUGGGUUCAGGUCCAUCGACAGCAACCGGCAGUACCAGGGCCGGUUCGACUACGAGGAGGAGAGGAGAGAGGUCGCGCGGGCGGCGCGGCUGGUGGAGAAGAGGCGCAAGUUCUUCUCGUUCAUACCGCAGGCCAGGGAGCCGAACGAGAGCGAGCUGGAGCUGGGGGACAAGUCCAAAGGGGAAGUGAGGACGGAUAUCAGGCAUGCGGAUGGUGGUGAGGCUGCUGAGACGAGGCGGAGCUCGAUGGAGAGCGGGAUUCACGUGAGCACUACGACUACGUUUCAAGACCCUCUCGGGCGAGGACAGAGGGACAAGGCAACGUUCUGA